ACGAGUUUCCUCGGGUUCUCUUUCUCUCUCUCUUCUCUCUCUCUCUUAUUUCUAAUUCGCAUCAACGCUGCAUUCACCAUUACACUUCCCUCAUUUAAAGCUUCUUUCUUUCUUUUCAAAGAUUUUCUUCUCAAUUCCAUUUCAACAAAUUUUCUCUCUCUUCUUCUUCAGUACUGAUAUUAUAUAUCUCCCCGCUCCUCCUCUCUUGCUAGCUUCUUUAGAACUCUUUCUCUCGGAAAAUAACCUUUGCUUUCCAUUUUCUUUCUUUCUUUCUUUCCUUCUUUCUGGUUUCAUUUGAUUCUCAGCCAAUCCCCACACGAUCACUAUACAUCUUCUCUUUAUUCUCUGUACACUUUAUUCCUUAUUCUCUGAAGGCUAGCUUCCUAGCCUCCUAAUCCUAUAUUACUUGAAGGGUUCUCUUUGUUUCUUCGAUCCAAAACAUGGGUUUCUCAGGGAAGCCUCAAGUUGAUUCUGGGACGUUGGAAUUGGAUGCUAAAAAAUGGGUUAUUGCUGGUAUUCCUUUAAGAGCUCCUUUAAAGCCCAUUUUUACGAAUCCUGUGGAGAAGGAAAGCGAAAGUAGUGGUGAUGAGUGUUCGACGACCACCACACCGACAAGUGAAGAUGCUAGAAUUCCGACGAGACUGACUUGCCCUCUGGCUCCUAAGAAGCGGAAAGCUACUUUGAAAUGUAAUUACAAUAGAGAGUUCUUUACUCCUCCUCCUGAUUUGGAAACUGUUUUUAUACGCCAUGUUAAUUGAAAAUGGUUAACUGAUUGAUUGAUGAUUAUUAAGUUCAGACCAUUUGCUUCUUUUUCAUUUCCGAUUCUCUCGCACUUUUCUUCUGGUUUCUCAGUUAGGGCUCUUUUUAGCUAGUGUUUAUUUUAGGGAGCUUUGUAUACAGCUUGUAUAAGUAAAUAAAAGCUAGAAUUUUAGUUUGCUUUUGAA